GCGGCGCGUCCGUCGCGAGCAGCCGGGCCGGGGGGAAGCCAGCGAAGCCGAGUAAAGCCGCCGCCCGGGAGAGGACUGAAGGAGCUGUUUCGGCCGUUGGCGGCGGCUCGAGCAGUUUUCGCUGCUGCUACGGCUGUUGCCAUGCGGCGAGGCUAGGGAGGAGCUCACUUCCCCGGGGUGUAAUAAUGUUAACAGAGCUGUGGAAUGAAGAGAAAUCUCUUAAAGGGAGAAGAAAAAGGACCAGUCUAUCCAUAUGGGGAUGGGGAAGCCUUGGCAUUGUCCUUUCUCUAAUAACCUUUGGACCCUUUGUAAUAUUUUAUUUGGCAUUUUAUAUCCUCUGCUUUGUGGGUGGGGGUUUUGUGGUUACUCUUCUGUUUGGAAAAACAAACUCAGAGAAGUACCUAGAGCAGUGUGAACACUCAUUUCUUCCUCCAACAUCAACUGGGAUUCCCAAGUGCUUAGAAGAAAUGAAACGAGAAGCCAGGACUAUAAAGAUUGAUAGAAGAUUGACAGGUGCCAAUAUAAUUGAUGAACCUCUGCAGCAAGUUAUCCAGUUUUCCUUGAGGGAUUAUGUCCAGUACUGGUAUUAUACACUAAGUGAUGAUGAAUCUUUUCUUCUUGAAAUUAGGCAGACUCUUCAAAAUGCACUCAUUCAAUUUGCUACUAGGUCAAAAGAAAUAGACUGGCAACCUUAUUUUACUACACGCAUUGUAGAUGAUUUUGGCACACACCUACGAGUAUUCAGAAAGGCUCAACAGAAGAUAACAGAGAAAGAUGAUCAAGCAAAAGGUACAGCAGAAGAUCUUGUGGAUACCUUCUUUGAAGUUGAAGUUGAAAUGGAGAAGGAUGUUUGCCGUGAUCUAGUGUGCACUUCUCCCAAAGAUGAAGAAGGAUUCCUAAGGGAUCUGUGUGAGGUCUUACUAUAUUUAUUGCUACCUCCUGGAGAUUUCCAGAACAAGAUCAUGCGAUACUUUGUCAGGGAAAUCCUUGCACGAGGAAUUCUUCUUCCAUUAAUAAAUCAACUCAGUGAUCCUGAUUAUAUUAAUCAAUAUAUCAUAUGGAUGAUCCGUGAUUCUAAUUGCAACUAUGAGGCCUUUAUGAACAUUAUUAAAUUGAGUGACAAUAUUGGAGAGCUAGAAGCAGUCAGAGAUAAGGCAGCAGAAGAAUUACAGUAUCUUCGAUCUCUAGAUACAGUUGGUGAUGAUAUCAACACUAUCAAAAAUCAAAUAAAUAGCUUAUUAUUUGUAAAGAAAGUAUGUGACUCAAGAAUACAGCGGUUGCAGUCAGGCAAAGAAAUAAAUACUGUGAAACUGGCAGCAAACUUUGGGAAACUUUGCACAGUCCCUUUGGACAGCAUUCUUGUAGAUAAUGUUGCACUACAGUUUUUUAUGGAUUACAUGCAGCAAACUGGAGGUCAGGCACAUCUCUUCUUCUGGAUGACAGUGGAAGGAUACCGAGUUACAGCCCAACAGCAACUAGAAGUUUUAUUAAGUCGUCAGAAAGAUGGAAAACAUCAAACUAACCAAACCAAAGGUCUUUUAAGAGCAGCUGCUGUCGGGAUAUAUGAACAGUAUUUAUCAGAAAAGGCAUCUCCAAGAGUUACUGUUGAUGAUUAUUUGGUAGCAAAAUUAGCAGAUACUUUGAAUCAUGAAGAUCCAACGCCUGAAAUCUUUGAUGACAUUCAAAGGAAGGUUUAUGAAUUGAUGCUACGAGAUGAAAGAUUUUAUCCUUCCUUCAGACAGAAUGCACUUUAUGUGCGCAUGUUAGCCGAGCUGGACAUGUUAAAAGAUCCUAGUUUCAGAGGAUCAGAUGAUGGCGAUGGAGAAUCUUUUAAUGGGUCUCCUACAGGAAGCAUAAAUUUGUCUUUAGAUGACCUUUCAAAUGUAUCUUCUGAUGACUCAGUACAACUUCAUGCUUACAUUUCAGACACUGGCGUGUGUAAUGAUCAUGGCAAGACGUACGCAUUAUAUGCUAUCACUGUCCACCGGCGCAGUCUGAACAGCGAGGAGAUGUGGAAAACCUAUCGUCGUUACAGUGACUUUCAUGACUUCCACAUGAGGAUCACUGAACAGUUUGAAAAUCUGUCAAGCAUACUGAAGCUUCCUGGUAAAAAGACUUUUAAUAAUAUGGAUAGAGAUUUUUUAGAAAAGAGAAAAAAGGAUCUAAAUGCAUAUUUGCAGUUACUACUAACUCCUGAAAUGAUGAAAGCAUCCCCAGCUUUGGCUCACUAUGUGUAUGAUUUCCUUGAGAACAAAGCCUACAGUAAAGGGAAAGGGGAUUUUGCUCGCAAGAUGGACACUUUUGUAAAUCCACUUCGAAAUUCUAUGAGGAAUGUUUCAAAUGCAGUUAAAUCCCUUCCUGAUAGCUUGGCAGAGGGAAUGACUAAAAUGUCAGACAACAUGGGCAAAAUGUCAGAAAGAUUAGGUCAAGACAUAAAGCAGUCAUUUUUCAAGGUGCCUCCUUUAAUUCCGAAGACUGAUUCAGAUCCUGAACACUGUCGGGUCUCAGCUCAACUUGAUGAUACUGUGGAUGACAAUAUUCCACUUAGGGUAAUGCUGCUUCUUAUGGAUGAAGUAUUUGAUUUAAAAGAGAGGAAUCAGUGGUUGCGAAGGAAUAUCAAAAACCUACUUCAGCAGCUUAUUAGAGCCACUUAUGGUGAUACUAUUAACAGAAAAAUAGUUGACCAUGUUGACUGGAUGACCUCACCUGAGCAAGUAGCCGACUUAGUGAAGCGUUUCAGAGAUGCCUUUUGGCCAAAUGGCAUUUUAGCAGAGACUGUUCCAUGCAGAGAUAAAGCUAUUCGAAUGAGAACAAGAGUUGCAGGAAAAACUAAAUUACUUUCAAUUAUGCCAGAUGAAUUGAAGCACAUUAUUGGGGCUGAGACAACACGGAAAGGUAUUCUUCGUGUUUUUGAAAUGUUUCAGCACAACCAGUUAAAUAGGAGAAUGGUUUAUGUCUUCCUGGAAGGCUUUUUGGAAACCUUAUUUCCACAGUAUAAAUUUCGUGAACUUUUCAACAAACUGCAUUCACGGUCAAAGCAGAUACAGAAAUAUAAACAGAAACUUCAGACUACUCAAGCACCUUCUUUACAGAAAAGGUGACACUCCAAUCUGUGAAGCUGGUGUUCAUUUUGUCCAAGACUAAUAAUAUGGACAGAUCUUCUGGGGCUUAGCUCAUAUACUGUUGUGUCGCACCAGUCUUUCAGUGUCUCAAAAUAGAUUAUUAAUACAUCCAUAGGACUGUGGUUCUUCUCAUCCUCAUCUGUAAUUCAGCCACUACCAAGAGAGAUUUCUGGGUCUUAAAUGAUUUGGUGCAUAUUUUUGCAGCGUUGAGAGGAUACUGCCCCUUCUCAAGCAAGAAUGACAUUGGUCUCUUCCAUUUCAACCUAAUCAGCAUUCUCCAGCAAUGACAAAGUGCCAGAAUGUAUAUAUGGAAGCUAAGGAAAGCACAAAACAGUGGUUCACGGAUAAACUGGCUAAUUUGUUUAACACUGGGAAACUGAGCAGUGUAUGACUUGGAGGGAUUUGUUUUUUGCAUAAUAAUUUUAUAGGUCUUUAUCAGAAUUUUGAUAUAAUGUGGAUUAGCCAGGCAAAUGGUCUUUGGAACAUCUGCUUCGGGUCUGGGGAAAGGGACAGGAUGCCCUUAAAGUAUGAAGUAACCUUAUACCCUAAUUACAGUUUUGUGACAUAAAAUAAAACCAAUCAAAAACACAA